UAUAAAUAACAUAACUAAUAAACUAGGCACUUUGGCUGCUCCUAAACAUUUAAAAUGCAGGAUCCCUCCGCCAGUGGUCCCAAUAUGAUCAAUUUCAUAAGAACUGUUGAUUUACGUAAGAGUCUGGCAACAACACGGCACCAAACCUAACCUUAAUUGCUGACGGGAGCAAAGUUGUUGUUCGUUUUGUGUUUUGCAUGACUAAACAAAUACAGAUUACGAAUUUUUUAAUAAUUUUAUGUCGCCUUACGUGCUAUUUGAGGCCCCUUGCUAUGGUGGUGAAUCGUUUUAAUGAAAUAAUUUGAAAUCCACUAGAAAAGAUAUAAAAUGAAGCUGAACAUAUCAUACUGCCCCCCAAACAUAACAAUUUGGGAAGUGUGGGUAGACCAUGGAACAUCCCAAUGUUUUAUGGACACGAUAACGUCUACUGUGAUAGCAGGUUUUAUUUUGAUAGCUGGGACCCUGCAACUGUGUAUGUACAGAAAGUAUGGUACAGAAGUAUCCCCUACACAUUUGCCCACAUCAAAAUUGUAUUAUCUUCAAUUGUUUUUGACAAUAUUUCUACCUGUUCUCGAAGUUGCUAGGUUUGCCCUUCAAGCAACAAUCUUGAAUGAUAAAUCGAUAUAUGGGUAUAUGAUAGUAUCACUGCUAAUGACAGUGAUAGCAUAUCCAUUCUCACUAUGGGUGAUAAGAGUUGAAAGACAUUAUCAGUUACCAUCUCUCCCACCUAGAGGCCAUGGUAUUGUACUACUUAUCUUUUGGGCUUUAACAUUCAUGUCUGAAAAUUUGGCCUUUUUGAAUUUGGGACAAGAAAACUGGUGGUUCAAGUUAAAAAGUUUAACUGAUGAGAUAGAAAUGGCGCUGUUUGUACUUAGAUAUGUGACAUGCUUAUUGAUAUUUUUCUUGGGACUGAAGGCUCCAGGCAUAAUGCAAAAUAUCGAUUACUUUAGCUUGAAUGAUGCCCAAAGAAUUCACAUAAGUCCAGAGAGGAGCGACAACCAGUCAACAUGGAAGAAUUUUUGGAAGAAGGCGAAAAUACUGUCGCCAUUUUUGUGGCCGAAAAAAGAUUGCUCUUUACAGUUUCGGGUGAUAGCUUGUUUUAUUCUAUUGGCAGCAGGAAGAGUUGUAAAUCUAUACGUCCCUAUUUAUCAAAAACUUAUAGUUGACAGUAUGGCAGUGCCUGAAAAACAAAUGCUUUUCCGAUGGGAUUGGAUUCUAAUAUAUGUGGCCUUCAAGUUCCUCCAAGGUGGUGGGACCGGGGGUAUGGGGUUACUUAAUAAUCUGAGAUCAUUCCUUUGGAUCAGGGUGCAACAAUACACAACAAGAGAGGUGGAAGUUGAGUUAUUCAGGCAUUUACACAGUUUGUCGUUGAGGUGGCAUCUAGGCAGAAAAACCGGCGAAGUAUUGAGAGUUAUGGACAGAGGAACAGAUAGUAUUAACAAUCUAUUGAGUUAUAUUUUCUUCUCUAUUUUUCCGACUAUCACUGAUAUUAUAGUCGCAGUUGUCUAUUUUGUAGCUGCGUUCAAUAUAUGGUUUGGAGUUAUUGUCUUUGUAACGAUGAUAUUAUAUAUAGUGCUGACAGUUGUUGUGACUGAGUGGCGGACCAAAUUCCAAAGACGUAUGAACUUGGCCGACAAUGAAACUAGAGCCAGGAGCGUUGAUUCGCUUUUGAAUUUCGAAACUGUAAAGUAUUAUGGAGCCGAACAAUAUGAAGUAGAAGCUUUUAGGGAGGCUGUCUUAAAGUUUCAGGAAGAAGAGUUCAAGUCUAACCUGACAUUGAACAUGCUGAAUUCAGUACAAAAUAUAGUUAUAUGCGGUGGAUUGCUGGUAGGUAGUUUGCUCUGUGUUCGCAUGGUUGUGGAGGAGCAUACUCUUCAACCUGGAGACUAUGUAUUAUUUGCAACUUAUAUUGUACAACUUUACGUGCCUUUGAAUUGGUUUGGAACUUACUACCGUGCAAUUCAAAAGAACUUUGUCGACAUGGAGAACAUGUUCGACCUCCUCAGAGAAGAACAAGAGGUUAUUGACGCCCCUGGUGCCGGUGCCAUAUCUGUAAAAAAAGGCGCUGUUGAUUUUAACAACGUUAGUUUCAGUUAUCUGCCCGAGAGAAUAGUACUGAAAAACAUAACGUUUUCUGUAGCACCAGGGAAAACAGUAGCAUUGGUUGGGCCUUCAGGUAGUGGCAAGAGCACGAUCAUAAGACUACUAUUCCGGUUUUAUGAUGUUGAUACAGGUUCCAUACUGGUUGAUGGACAGAAUAUCAAAACUGUCACACAAGAAUCUCUACGUGGAUCUAUAGGAGUUGUGCCGCAAGAUACUGUGCUCUUCAACAACACUAUAAAGUACAACAUACAAUAUGGUCGCUUGACGGCGACAGACGCUGAUAUUAUAGAAGCGGCUAGAGGUGCGGAUAUUCACGAGAAAAUUCUGCAGUUUCCCGACGGUUACGAGACGCAAGUGGGUGAACGUGGCCUUAGGUUAAGUGGAGGUGAAAAACAGAGGGUUGCCAUAGCGAGGACGUUACUUAAAGCACCGCAGAUUAUACUGUUGGACGAAGCUACAAGUGCGUUGGAUACCCAGACUGAAAGAAAUAUACAGGAAUCGUUGGAGCGAAUGUGUGCGAAUCGAACGACAAUUAUAGUUGCCCAUAGGUUAUCAACUAUAAUCCACGCAGAUGAAAUUCUAGUUCUGAGGGACGGCGAAAUAGUGGAGAGAGGAAGACAUGAGAAUCUGAUUGGUCAAGAAGGUGUGUAUGCAAACAUGUGGAAACAGCAACUUGAAGCCAGAGACACGUCAAGUGCAGAUAACAGUCUUGAACAAUCAGCAAAGUAGACAUAGUAAUUAUUAUCAUCAACAGCCAGUCAUAUUUUUAUCCAUGUUCAUCUCUAUAUUAUGUUAAGAAUAAAGUGUAUGUAGAAAACAUAUUUUAAUCCCUUCGAUUCCAUAGCUG